CUAUAGUGUUGCUUCUUGUUUCUUAUCAUUACCAAACUAUGUUUAAUAAUCCCAACACUGGCCAAUCAAAUACAACUGGCUUUACUGGUUUCGGAACACAAACCACUCCAGCCUCUUCUACUACAUCUACUAGUUCACCAUUUUCUUUCGGUGGAUUGAAUACGACGACAUCGACACCAGCAACAAGUAAUACUUUUUCUUUUGGAAAUACAUCUGCACCAACUACAACAACACCAAGUAAUACUUUCUCUUUUGGAAAUACAUCUGCGCCAUCCACAACAACAACAACACCAAGUAAUACUUUCUCUUUUGGAAAUACUUCGGCACCAGCAACAACAACUACAAGUAAUACUUUUUCUUUUGGAAAUACACCAGCAACAACAACUACAAGUAAUACUUUCUCUUUCGGAAAUACAUCGACGCCAGCUACUACCACUUCUUCCACUACUGCUACUACUACGACUGCUACCAGUGCGGCAACACCAUCUACUUCCGGCACUACAACGACACCUAGUUUUGGUAACUUCAAUUUAAGUAGUGGAACCAGUAACAUAACUACACCCAGUUUGAGUACCAGUGGUCCUACAUUAACUACUCAACCAACAGUUUCGACAGCUCCAACAGCAGCAAAUACCAAUGCUUUGACUACUAGUACCAUCACUGCUACUCCUACUGUCACUACACAACAACAACAACAGCAACAACAGAAGCCUAUUUCUGUACCUACACCUUCAACGUUAAAAAACAAAUCAAUGGAGGAAAUAUUAAAUGCUUGGAAUAAGGAACUUACAACUCAUACUCGUGAAUUUCAUAAACAAGCUGCUCAAGUGGCUGAAUGGGAUAAACAAUUAAUUGAAAAUGGAAACAAGAUUUCCAAAUUAAACAGUAGUGUGGAACAAGUGGAACAACAACAACGUGAAAUAGAUCAAACUUUGGAAUAUAUCAAUGCACAACAAGAUGAUUUGAAUCGUAUCUUGCAUGACUAUGAAAAACAAAUUGGUGAAGUAUAUGAACAGAGCAAUUUGAAACAACCUAUGCAAGCUGCAGAUACACAACGUGAAAAAGCCUAUGGCCUAGCUGAAAACUUGAACAAACAAAUGGAUGAUAUUAGUCGCAAUUUGACUGUAAUGAUUGAUGAAAUCAAUAAAAUGGGUGGACCUCAACAAUCAGUGACAGAUAAUGAAGAUGAUGUGGUUGGUCAAAUUGUCAAAAUUCUCAAUUCUCAUUUAUCUUCUCUUCAAUGGAUUGAUUCUACAUCGGUUACUUUAAAACAGAAAUUAGAUGAAGUGGGCAAAUUACGUGAUGCAACAACUGUUGGUCGACAAUAGUUUAUAUAUAUAUAUAUAUAUUUUUAUUUUACAUAUAUACUUUCCAAUAAACGAAUUUGUUCUAAACUGAGUCUAGCUCCCAGGAGACGAAUCUCCCAGGAGAUUGUCGUGGUGUAAUGUUGAAUAAUCAGUCUUAAAGCCUGUUUUUUUUCAAUGGUGCCAUUUGCUGGUUAUCAGUAGUUGCCACCCCCCGCCAAGCAUAUGGUCAACGCCGCUUGUAUGUCUCGACCUUGAGUUGAAGAGCAGUUCUUGACAGCCCAACAGUCCUUGUUCACACAGACAGACCCCCCCGUUUACUUUUCGGUACUUGCCAUCGGUUUUUCGCAUCUGUCUAAUAACCUUCGAAAAGCAAAACACAUGUCAUGAACGUGACAGGAGAAAAGGUAUAAUAUCAGUAAACAGACAGACAGGCAAGACAGAAGUAACUAUAUAUGUGCUUACGAGAAUAGAGUAGUUGUUUGAU